AUGGGCGGUGCUCUCGAUGCCAUUCGGGGUCGCGAUGAGCGAGGGAGACUGACCCGUUCGCUCUUUGGGCUCUACACGCAAGAGACGCAAGAGACCAAGCAGGAUCAUCAAGAUGCUUCGUCCGAUUCCAACCCGCCCCCGGCAUAUGCCUCCGAGGGUGAACAGCAGGCUGUUGGAAUCGAGAAUGAUGAGAAGGAGAUCGAGGACCGCCCAGAUCAGGUCACUGCCGGUGCCCAGCAAGGUCAGCAAAAGGCCGAAGCUGUGGCUCUGGUUUGGAGCUGGCCGGUGGUCGCCGCCGUCUACGCCUGGAUCUGGCUCUGUAUCUUUAUGCUGGCCUUCCACUCGUCGAUCAACAGCAAUCUGAUCAAUUUUGUUUUCUCGAGCUUCCACAAGGGCCCGCAGGUCUCGACCUCGUACAUUCUGGCGAAUGUCGUUGGUGGAGUGCUGAAACUGCCCAUCAGUAAAACCCUGAAUCUCUGGGGUCGCACCGAGGGUCUACUGGUCUCGGUCUUCGUUUAUGUUCUCGGCAUGAUUAUCCUAGCGGCGUGCAAUGGCUCCAGUGCCUUUGCGGCCGGCUAUGUGCUCUACUGGAUUGGAUAUUACUGCAUCUAUCUGAUCCUGGAAAUCUUCGUGGCUGAUACUUCUGGCCUGCGUUUCCGUGCUUUCGCCUACGGAUUUGUUCAGACGCCCUUCAUCGCUACGGCGUUCACUGGUCCGCUGGCCGCGCAGGCCAUCGGUACCCACCAGGGGUGGCGUUGGGGUUACGGUAUCUUUUGCAUUGUGAUGCCGUUCGUCUUUUGUCCCUUGGCCAUUGUCUUCAAGUACUAUGAGAAGAAGGCCACGAAGCUGGGUAUCUAUACGCCGCAGAAGAGUGGGCGCACUACGAUGCAGUCCAUCGUCCACUACGUUCACGAGUUCGAUGUGAUUGGAGCUUUCCUGCUCAUGGUCGCCUUCAUCUUAUUCCUCCUGCCUUUCAGUCUUGCUCAGGGUGGCCGCUCCCAGUACAAGAGCGCCACCUUCAUCGCCAUGCUUAUUGUGGGAUUUUUUAUGUUCUUUGUGUUCGCUGCGUGGGAGAAGUGGUGUGCUCGCACCCAGUUCAUCCGCUAUGAGCUGCUCAAGGACCGCACCAUCCUGGGUGCCUGUGUUCUCUCUGCGGUUCUUUUCUUCAGCUUUGACCUGUGGGACCAGAACUUCUACAACUUCGUCUACAUCACUUACGACCUGGAACCCGCCAUGGCCGGAUACAUGCUCCAGAUCUACAACGUCGGCUCCUGCUUCUUCUCACCAGUCAUUGGUGUCAUCAUCUACGCCACCAAGCGCUUCAAGCACAUUGCCUUGUUCUUCGGCGCUCCUCUCAUCAUCCUCGGCUCGGGCUUGAUGAUUUACUUCCGUGGCCAAGACCACGGCAUCGGGUAUGUGGUGAUGUGCCAGAUCUUCAUCGCCUUUGCCGGUGGCACUCUGAUCAUUGCCAACGACAUGGCCGCCAUGACAGCCGGUGGCCGUGAGGGUACCCCGAUGAUGCUGGCCCUGCUGGGUCUAUUCAACAGCGUCGGCGGUGCUUUCGGUCUGACUGUCUCCGCCGCCAUCUACAACAACGUCUUCCCCGACGCGCUCCGCAGUCGCCUGCCCGACAACCUGAAGUCCAGCGCCCACCAGAUCUGGUCCGAUGGUAUCGAGACCCAUGCCUCCUUCCCUGUCGGUUCUGCUCGCCGUGACGCUGUCAAUUACGCCUGGGGCUGGGCCCAGCGCGCAAACUGCAUUGCCUCGACUUGUAUUCUGCUCUUGGCUAUUCCUGCUGUCGCCGUGUGGAGGAACUACAGUGUCGACAAGAAACAGAACAAGGGUACCAUGAUCUUCUAG